AUGUUGCGGUCUGAUUUUGCCAAAAUCGAUUCAUCUCGAACGUGGAGAGAGCAUAUGCUUGAAGAAUUGGAAACAUGGAGAUCUCAGGUUGAACGACUGAGUCACAGGGCCACUCGAGGGUACUUGAGCGACAGAUGGGUCGGUAUGGCUUACAACUAUACAAUCGCAUUGCUACAUCAGCCCACUAAAGAAAACGUCUGUAAUGGCUUUGGUGACCGGUCGAUCCAAGCCUCUACUCAGCUUGCAUUGACUUUCCGAGCCUUUCAGAAGGAUCGACAAACAGCCCAGCUCUGGCCCGGGCUCUUGAGCCAGUUCACGGUUGGUGUCACGAUUCUCUAUUGCUUCUGGGCAACACCGCCUGGAUAUCGUACCCCAGCGUACCGAGCAGCCGAGGUCUCAGAGGCGCUGCGGGCUUGUUCGACUGCACUGGCCAUCCUUUCUGAGCGAUGGACGCAAGCUGAACCUCUGCGCGAUGUUUUUGAUAUUCUCGCAAAGGAGAUUCCGACACACGAGAAUCCCGAUAUGAGUUCUUCUUCGAAGCCUAUUACAUCCGACUCGGUCGCUUUGAUCAAAUCGCACAUGCAUGUGAUACAAGAGAUCUCCAGGAAUCGAGUGGUGCUUCGCAUGUUGCAGGAGAUAAUGACAGAUGACUUUCCAUCGAGUCCGCAAGACUAUUUGCAGCAAACAGACUCUCCAAGAGGCAAUCACCUGUGCUCCGAACAUUGUGCGAUGUUUCAUGGAACGACAUUUUUUGACUCGAUGAUGAAUCUGAGCUCUGACUCUCACAACGUAACUGGCGGUGAGCUGAACGACACGUAUGCUGCAUUUGAUGACAGUAUUAUAUUUCCUGCGUUGUUCGGCUCAGCCGAGUUCUAG